UUCCGGUUGUUUUUUGUUGUCCCACCAGAAGCAGAGUGGGGGUUUUCGUUUCUGAUCGUUUAGUAGUUUUUUUCCCCUUCAAUUAUAGCAUUGGAUUUACGGUAUAAAUACCGAAAUAAACGUAAAAGUAGCAGCUAAUGCUUUAAUUUAGUUGUAGCUAACUUGUUUUUAAAGUGUCGGUUUCCUGGACUCGCCGAAUGGCAUAAAUAAGGAUCUUUUCAUCAAUGGCUAUGCUGUGGUCAAAAAUCUCUGCUCUUCUGCCUCUGAAUGAGGAACAGUUUCCACUGCAGUUCAGUGACAAAGUGGAGUCGAGUGUUGUGGACAUACUGAAACGGUCCAGGCGACAGCUGUACAGCAACGCUACGAGUAACAGCUGUAUGCUUAAUGCUCAGAUCAUUCUGGAUAUUUCGUGGGAGAAGCUAAACACAGGAACAUGGCGUCAUGUGGACAAAGAGUGGAGACGUGUCUAUUCCUAUGGCUGUCUGUUCAAAGUGGCUGCACUGUGUCAUGAGGAUCCAUCGAGAGAUAAGAUCCUGCAGGCUGUAAGGACUUGUGACAUGGGUUUAAUCAUGGGUGCCGCCAUCAUGGAUAAUAUACUUCAAGCUGUUGUUCGGAUUCUGCAGGCGGAAGUCAGGAAAUCUUCAAAAGAAGAUGAAACUGCUGCUUGUGCUGAAGUCAAGAGAAUAAAGACUGAGAGUCCAUGUGUUCUUGUGGUCAGAGAAGAGUUGGCGGUUCCCAGGAUCAAGUGUCCGUCGCUACAGAGCUUCAACAUAAACUACCUGCUCCCCCUCCGACCAGUGAUUUUAGAGGGGAUCAUUGACCACUGGCCCGCCCUCAAUGAACACCCCUGGAGCAUAGAAUACCUCAGGCAUGUGGCUGGUUGUCGUACGGUUCCUGUCGAGGUGGGAUCCAGGUACACUGAUGAGGAAUGGUCACAAACACUGACGACGGUCAAUGAAUUCAUCGACCAGUAUGUUUUGAAUAAAGCCAAAACCACCCAGAGUGGAGUGAAAGGCCUGGGUUAUCUGGCUCAACACCAGCUUUUUGAUCAGAUACCAGAGCUGAAGGAAGACAUCCGCCUCCCUGAUUAUUGCUGUCUUGGUGAGGGAGAGGAAGACAAUAUUACUGUAAAUGCGUGGUUUGGGCCUGGAGGUACAGUGUCUCCUCUUCACCAAGACCCUCAACAGAACUUCCUGGCUCAGGUUGUGGGAAGAAAAUACAUUCGCCUGUAUUCCCCAAAGGACACAGACAAGCUGUACCCCCAUCAGUCACAGCUGCUCCAUAAUACCAGUCAGGUGGAGGUGGAGAAUCCAGACACAGAGAAGUUCCCAGAGUUUGUCAAGGUUCAGUAUCUUGAAUGUGUGUUACAGCCUGGAGACGUGCUGUUCAUUCCUGCCCAACACUGGCAUUAUGUACGAUCCCUGGAACUCAGCUUCUCUGUCAGCUUCUGGUGGUCAUGAUUGGAGAUCCUUAAUAAAAAAAACUAUUAUUUUUGUUGUUAAAUUUGAGCUGAGUUUGUUUUCUCCUGCUGUGGAGGGAAAUCAGAUCCAUAACUAAUGCUAGGCUAAUUCUCAUAAAUGUUAGGACAACCACUGAUCACACAAGCCUUUUGAGCUAUGAACACACACAGCUGAAUGAUUAGUUGAAUUGUAACAACAUCUAUUGUGUGGGAAGCUAGGAGCAAAAAACUAAACAAAAUAAAAACAAAAUAGCAACAACAAAUGAGCAGUUAAACUGUUCAACCUGCAUGUAAUUUGUUAUUAGUCAUCUCAUUUGAUAGGAUAUGUUUCUCUUUUCAAACUGACUUAUUUAAUUGUUGUCAACCGUAUUGCUACAGAUAUCCUCAGAUGUGUGAUUUCCAUAAUUCAUGGAAAUGAAUUCUCAAAUUUAAUAACUGAGCGAGCUACAGGUACGAAAAUGUGCUAAUAAACAGUUCUCUGGUUAAACUGACAGACUGAGAAAAUCAAGCAGGUCACAGAUGAAAAUUAAUAAAUUAACGGAAUUGAUCCCCUGGGCACAGACAGACUUUGAAAUUGAAACAGUCUUGAUGGUUAAGUACCAUGACAGUACAACUCUUGUCUAAUACCAAAAACACAACACCUGACUGCAAAGACUGCAGCGCUUCCUUUCAGCUUUUCAGUCCUCUGACAAGCCCCAGUCAUGUAUCCCCUAGGUCCAUUUCAAUCAAGCCUGUUAAUUAGAUCCAUGAAGUAUGUGAGGAUAUGGCAGUAAUAAGUAGACGAAGCACUGGUGUACAUAUCUGAUCUGCAUUUCAACCUUAUUCACUGUCAGCUAAAGUAGUGUUUUGGGAAAUUAAGGCUGUAGAAAACAGUAUUUCUGAGGAGGUCCUGAAGAGUUGUGUGGGAAUAUUAAAACAAUAGUCCAACAAAGGGUAUUAAAACUGCUGCUUUUCCUGAUUUAGAAAAGAUGAAUGAAUGCAAAAAAAAAAAAAAAAAAA